AACCGACGUAAGUGUUCCAGCUGUGGUACUUCAAGUGGUCCCCCAAGGGAAGUGAGGUCAUCCCUCGACGUGGAAGCUGAUGGCUACUGUUUACCUACGUAAGGGAGGUUGGACUGAUAGUAGUGGCACAGACAUUGGAAGUGAAUAUUCUGAAGAAAGGCGAAAUCUUCGGCCCAAUCAGGUCUUUCACCCUCCUUCGCACCACCACUUUCGGAGCGGUCUGAGCAUGGACUUGGACGAUUCCACCUGGCAAUUAGAACAUCAUGAGCUGGGUCGGUGCUUGAUUGGAUACGUAGCAGAUGUUCGCUGUUUUGGGUCUUAUCUCAUGCAAAUGCAUGUCAAUGAUCUAUGGCAUCUGGAAGGAUCCGUGCAUGUAUAUGGUCGAAGUAAGAAUCACUAUGUUUUUCUGUUCGAAAGAGUAGGCGACAUGCAUCGUAUCGUCGACAAUGGUCCAUAUGCUAUCCAAGGGGCCCUUCUCAUUGUGGAUUAUUGGAAGCCAGAUUUGGUUCUCGAUGGGUUGAUCUUCGAUAAAAUGUUGGUGUGGGUUCAGUUGUAUGGCCUACCGUUAGAAUGCUUCACUGAAGAAGCCGGGGUCCGUCUAGGACGGGCUGUUGGCGAGGUGGUUAAAGUUGAUAAUGAUUCUCACAUGCCUCGCAAUAUCCGGUUUUUGCGUUUACGAGUGUGGGUUUUUCUGGAUAAACCUUUGAUCAGUGGUUUUUUCCUUAAGUUCCGCAAUGGUCAACAACACUGGAUUAGUUGUCGCUAUGAGCGGGUUUGUAAGAUUUGUAGGAACUGUGGUCGUAUAGGUCAUACGAUCAAUGCUUGUGCUCUGUCCUUUGAAGAGGCUCAACGGCAACUUGAUGAUAAUCUUCAAGAAAUGAGUCGACGUCUCCAUGCUCCGGUAAUGACUCAAGCAUCGUCUCCAAUGUACUCUGCAACCAUUCGAGCUAAUGCCCAUAGGCCGGAACGUCGUACUACUCGAAUCUUUCAGCAGCCCACACAUUCUAACAUGGAGAUCCCUGAAGCCGUGACUCCACCUCCCAAUGGGCAGGAUCUUAAUCUGGAUGCGGAUUUUGCUACUAUGUGGGAACAAGAUUGGGAUGCCGGUUUACAACAAGGAACGCCCGCGGGGAGUGCGUCACCGACGGCCGUUGCCCAGCGGGAUGGAAUUCUUUCACCAGCCUUCUCCCCACCGAAUCGGUUAGUUGAGUCCGAUGUUCUUUCGGGCUUGGGUCAAGCUCCGGUGGAUUCGGUAGGUGAGUUGGAGGUAAUGUGGCAUCAAUGA